CCUAGGUGGCGCUGCUCCUCCCUGUCCCUACUUGAUGUGACCUCUUGUCACAUGUCACUCUGACAUGGCAUCUACUCCAGACACUGAACGAAGUACACCGAUUACCAUAGUUGUUACAGAAAAUCUUUAAAUCCCUUAUGGCAAAAGAUGCCUCACACAAUGUUACCAGAAGAAAUAACAACCUGGGGCAAUAAUGUUUCCCAUGUGGAUACCUAAAGAUGAUAAAAUCGAAAGUCAAAAUCUUGUGCACAGAAUCAAGGAAAAACUCUAAACAGGUAGGAACAAAGGACACUAAAAGUCCAGUGUGCCAAUGUAAAAGGAGAAAUAGAAAUGGCCAAUAGCCUUGAAAAGUGAUGGUUUUCAUCUAUAAUCAAGUAAGUGAGAAUAAUAGAAUGUUCCUUAAUCAGAUUACCAAGACUGUGGGGAUAUUUAUAGCAUGCUCUUGGCCAUCAUGAAGAGAACCAAAGUACUUGUAUUCUAUUGAAAGAUUAUGGAGGAGGCAGUGACCUUCAAGGACGUAGCUGUGUUCUUCACUGAGGAGGAGCUGGGGCUGCUGGACCUUGCCCAGAGGAAGCUGUACCGAGAUGUGAUGCUGGAGAACUUCAGGAACCUGCUGUCAGUGGGGCAUCAACCAUUCCAAGAUGUUUUCCACUUCCUAAGGGGAGAAAAGUUUUGGAUGAUGGAGACAGCAACCCAAAGAGAAGGAAAUUCAGGAGGCAAGAUCCAAACUGAGUUGGAGUCUGUUCCAGAAGCAGGAACACAUGAGGAGUGGUCCUGCCAGCAAAUCUGGGAACAAACUACAAAUGACUUAACCAGGUCUCAGGACUAUAUCAUAAAUAACUCUCAAUUCUUUGAACAUGGUGAUUUCCCCUCCCGGGUUGAAGCAGGACUGUGCAUAAUUCACACAGGACAGAAACCUUCCCAGGGUGGGAAGUUUAAACCGUCCUUCAGUGAUGUCUCCGUCUUUGAUCUUCCUCAGCAAUUACACGCAGGAGAGAAGUCUCAUACAUGUGAUGAGUGUGGAAGAAGCUUCUGUUACAUCUCAGUUCUUCAUAUUCAUCAGAGAGUCCACACUGGAGAGAAACCAUUCAAAUGUGAGCAGUGUGGGAAAGGUUUCAGUCGUAGAUCAGCACUUAAUGUUCAUCAUAAAUUACACACAGGCGAGAAACCUUAUAUUUGUGAGGAAUGUGGAAAGGCCUUCAUUCACGAUUCUAAGCUUAAGGAACAUAAGAGAAUCCAUACUGGGGAGAAGCCAUUCAAAUGUGAUAUAUGUGGUAAGAGCUUCCAUUUUAAGUCAAGACUUAAGAGCCAUUCUAUGGUUCACACAGGAGAAAAACCAUUUAGGUGUGAUACAUGUGAUAAGAGCUUUCAUCAGAGAUCAGCACUUAAUAGGCAUUGCAUGGUCCACACAAGAGAGAAACCAUACAAAUGUGAGCAGUGUGGAAAAGGCUUCAUUGGUAGGCUAGAUUUUUGUAAGCAUCAGGUGGUCCACACAGGAGAGAAACCAUAUAAUUGUAAAGAAUGUGGGAAGAGCUUCAGAUGGUCCUCACGCCUUUUGAACCAUCAGCGAGUUCACAGUGGAGAAAAACCCUUCAAAUGUGAAGAAUGUGGGAAGGAAUUUUAUACAAAUUCACAACUGUCCUCCCAUCAGAGAGCCCACAAUGGAGAAAAGCCAUAUAAAUGUGAGGAGUGUGGGAAGGGCUACAUUAGUAAGUUUAAUCUUGACUUGCACAAGAGGAUCCACACGGGAGAGAGACCUUAUAAUUGUAAGGAAUGUGGGAAGAGCUUUAGCCGGGCCUCAAGUAUUUUGAAUCAUAAGAGACUCCACUGCCGUAAAAAACCAUUCAAAUGUGAGGACUGUGGAAAGAGACUUGUACACAGGACAUACCAUAAAGACCAACAGAGAGACCACAGUGGGGAAAACCCAUCCAAAUGUGAGGACUGUGGGAAACGCUACAAGAGACGCUUGAAUCUGGAUAUACUUUUAUCAUUAUUUUUAAAUGACACAUAAUUGUUAAUAUUUAUGGGGUACGGUGUGUUAUUUUAAUAUGUGCAUAUAAUUUAUGAUGAAAUCAGUGUAAUUGUUAUAUCUGUCACCUCAAACAUUUACCAUUUCUUCGUUGGAAAAUUCAAAGUCCAUUUGAGAGGAAGUGGUAGACAGCAAGGGAAGGGUCUGUGGAGAGCCCCUGCCGCACGGGUCAGUGCCUCAUCCCCACAGAACAUCAAAAGCAGCCUGGGGAAGAAAAUCAGGCUACAGGCACUGGUAAGGGAACCAGCACAGGGGCUUGUGACUGGAGACAUGCGCAUGGCUGCACAGAUAGAAGAACCUCUAGCCCACUCAGGUAAAAACUUGCACAAACCUCCGGCUCACUCAGUUAAGGGAACAAGGCCUGACACAAAAAUGCCUUUGUCCUUUGUAUAAUCGUCAGGCUCCCAGGAAAGUUUCUUCUUUUGUGGGCAUGAAUACAGUGGGCUUGAAUACAGUAGGCUUCAGUAGGUUCGGGUUGGCACUUUCCUUUGUGAAGAAGGAAAAGCCCAGCCUCUAUAAAAACAUCACUUCAGCUCCUGAUUGGUCUCGGGCCAGGGUCCAGGACCAAGCUGAGUCAUGCUUUCUCCAAGACAGCCCACAGACUAGGCACAUUCCUUCCCUUGCCCAGUCCAUAAAAACCUCAGACCCCAGCCUCAUAGUGGGCAACUUAUUUGGGUCCCCAUCUCCACUGUGGAGAGCUUUUUUCUUUCACUUAUUAAACUUUCACUUCAAUUUCACCGUUGCUUCUGUGCUUCUUAAUCAUCAUGGACAUAAGAUUAAGACUCCGGGUGAUAUCUCACAAGAGAGACUGCUGCAGUGUGGUGCAUUUGUGAGAUUACAACACAUUUUUAGCAAUUUGUAAAUAAUCAAAUGUUGAUGAUAGUCACCUUUAGUGCUGCGGAACAGUAAAACGUAUUCUUCCUGUCUA